UGCGCGGUGCCAGUGCUUGGCCAACUGGACGUGCAACAGAAGAAAUUUUCUCUCUGACCUGAGAGUCGCAAUCAUAGUGGCCGAGGUUUGAGGAAGUCACUGCAGAAUUCUCCCCUCCUACCGGUAACGGGUUGUACUAGCGUUAGCCGGUUAGGCUAAGCUUCUGCUGACACUACUACUACUUGGGAAGGAUGAUGAGAACUUCUGAUUGAAACAACAAUUAUUAGUGUUUUCUCAGAAAAUUUGUUUUGGCUGAUCCGUGAUUGCUGCACCGCCAGUGCAGUGGGAAGUACGGAAACUGUUCUCGUCAGAUCUGUUCGUCACGGUUCCUUGAUGACGUGUGGAGAGCCGCUGAGCGCAGAAUGGUAACGCUUCCCAGUCACGGACCGGCGAGCUCUGUGGACGAAUUCCUCGUGACUCCGCACAUCGUCAAGGGGUACAGGCACGUCUCGAACAAAUGGGACUGCGUUCUAAGUAGCCUGACGCUGAGCAAUGAAUUCGUGAAUAUAUGGAGUCAUGGCAUCGCAGCCGUGUAUUAUAUCUACCUUAUAAGCAUCCUACUGUAUGACGUAUGGCAACUGGAUUCUGCAGAGGAGUACGUACCCCUUAUCGGGCAGCAGUGUGGCUGUUUAGGCGUCCUACUUGGAAGCACCGUAGCGCAUACAUUCCACAGUGAAUCGCGGUGGCAUCACCUGGCCUGGUUCACCGUGGACUAUCUCUCCAUCAGCUUCUACUGCCUGACGUCGGCCAUAGCGCACUACGCUUACAGCCGACCACUGGAUGAAACAAGCGGACCAAUAUCAUUGUUUAGUACCUAUACCUACUUGACAAUUGCUCUGGUAGGGCACACCUGUGUGUUUACGUCUCAGUGCUAUUUGAGAUGCCGAUUGCUGCAGCAAACCUCUCGACUCUACAUACUGGUGACAGGCUAUGCCGUAGCGUACAUUAUCAACUUCCUGCCCUUCCUUAGUCGUUACUACAGCGCUCAGGAGUCACUGGCAUCAUCGGAUCCGUUCCACUGGGGGCAGUUCUACUGGGGUCUCGCUAGCGCCCUGGUGAUGUCUUGUAACAUUCCAGAGAAAUUUGCACCGGAGACGUUCUACAGUCUGAACGGCCACUCCCUAAUGCACAUGGGAAUGCUGAUGAGCUUGGAUCAGCAGAGCAAAGCUCUGCGGAUGGAUCUCGGCCGGUGGGCUCGCUACCCGGACCACAGCCAACCAACAGUGACCGCAAUCUGCACGACGGUCUUCUUGUACCUACUUAUCGGCAGCACGAUUACGUAUUACUUCGCCUAUCAUGGUCGUAAAGAUACAGUCAGGACAGGUAGCCGAAAAGAAACUGUGCUUAGCAAAAAGCAGCAUGAUCAAUAGGCUGAUGCUAUAUCUAGGUCGCCCCUUGGCAAUGGCCGGUGGGAUUUCAGAUUCAGCGCGGCUGCUUCUGGAUACCAGCUUUUCAAGUGGUACAUUUUCCCUGAGCCAGGUCUCUGAUACGAUACCUAGCGUUGUGUAGACACUAUGUGGACUUACAUGUGUGUAGUCGUUCAUGCACUUACCACCUAGCUCUUGAAUUGAAUUCUAAUUGAUGAUUUAGCUCACCUGGCUUUACUUUUACUUUGGAGUGAGAAUGAGAGAGAGAGAGAGAGAGAGAGAGAGAGAGAGAGAGAGAGAGAGAGAGAGAGAGAGAGAGAGAGAGAGAGAGAGAGAGAGAGAGAGAGUUGCUGCUCCAUGAUGAUGAGACGAAACAGCCAAGCUUAUCUAUUUUUGCGGAUUUUCUUUCAUAAAAAAAUAAACGUCACAGGCUGCUCUUCGCAGGUGUCCGCGUCCCAGCGGUCCGGGCAAGCGACCGCAUCCCAGUGGGACACUUCGACGUGGCCGCACGUACUGGAGUCUGUGGGAGAGCCUUGCCAGGCCAGGGGCUACACACCUGCCCUGGUACCGGGUAUGGAAAAAUCCCUGGUGUUGCUCCUUUUUUGUUUUUGCUGAGAAAGAAACGUUGCUGCAUGAAAAGCUUUCUGUUCACGCCAGCGCCUUUGCUCUAGUAACAUUGCUGGCUGAUAAUGGUCAUUGCUCGUGAUGCCGAUGGUGAAGAGAAGCUGGGUUUCUUGCCAUUUGAAACUUCCUGAUUCUGAG